AUGGUAUUGUUAUUCAAAGUAAUGUCAUUCAAUAUUGCUGCACAUACAGGUAGGUAUAGUUUUCCUGUGCGACCGGAAAGCGUGCAUGUGUCUAAGAUUCGCCGCGGGCUGUGCGAGAGCGGUAACUGCAUGCGCGAGGACCGUCGGCGGGACGGGGCGUCGGAUGCGUCGGCAGGCAAUGACCAGGAAAUGACGCCGCCAGUUGACCUUCACAAUCAUACACUAGCUGUGCUCCAUCCCUAUCGUCAUGCAAAACUAAUACCCGCCCUCUACCACGAUAUAUCGCGAAACUUAAUAUUACAUUAA